AUGGAUAGUACUAAGGAAUUGGAGCAUGAACCGGAGCUUAAACUUGAAGAAGCUAAGCUAAUAGCUGAGGAGGAGCAGCUCGGAGAGGAGGAUAAGCAACUAGGAGAGGAGGAUAAGCUUGUAGUCGGGGAUGCUCUUGUCACACCAACUGGUCCAAUGACUCGCUCAAGAGCUAAAAUGUUUAACGAAGCUGUUGGAGGAUUAAUUAAUCAGAUUCGGAGCCAACACGAUCAAGACAUCAAACAAGAUCCUAACCGGCAUCAUUAUCCGUUAGCGUUUGGUGUUCUUGACGGUGAGAAUGAUGCGAGUUGGAACUGGUUUAUGGAGAUGAUGAAAACCGUUAUUGGAGACUCCUCCGAAAUAGCUUUUAUGACUGACAGAAAUGCAAGUCUCAUCAAAGCCAUAGCUAAUGUGUAUCCACAAGCUUAUCAUGGGUUUUGUAUAUACCAUUUGUCCCAAAAUGUUAAAGGUCAUGCUUCCAACUAUAACAGAGAUGUUGUUGCAUGGAGAUUCAUGGAGGUAAGCAGGUUAUACACAGUGGCUGAGUUUAAAGUGGAAUACAAUUCGUUCAAGGUAAGGUAUCCAAAUGCUGCCAAGUAUCUCGAAGAUUAUACGAAGGUUGAAAAAUGGGCAAGGUGUGUAUUUCCAGGAGAAAGGUACAACCUAGACACUAGCAACGAUGUGGAAUCAUUGAACAACGUAUUCAAAGACGUUAGGAGGUACUCCUUAAUUCCCAUGCUUGAUGCGAUUAUCGCUAAAUUCUCUGAAUGGUUUAAUGAACAUCGGAAAGAGGCCGUGUCUGGUUCGGUUGCAAAUAAAUUGGUGCCUUUUGUGGAGAAUUACUUGCACGAUUUAUGGGGGGUUGCUGAGAAACUAAAAGUGACUGAGCUAAACACUUUUGAGCUGCAAUACAAUGUCAUUGACAACGACGGGAAGCCUUAUUUGGUGAAUUUGGUUAUGAGGAGUUGUGCUUGCAGGUUCUUUGAUAUUCAAAAGUACCCUUGUGUACAUGCAUUGGCCGCUUUCAUAGAGUACCUAAACACUAAAGAUAGAACUAGAGAUAUCCAAAUGCAUGAGUUGUGUUCUAGGUACUAUAGGACGGAGCUGUGGGCGAUGGCGUAUUACCAGACAAUUUUCCUAGUACCGGAUAAGUCUCAGUGGAACGUCCCGGCUUGGGUGAAAGAUGUUCAGAUCAUUCCGCCAAAACGCAAAACAAAGGGUGGAAGGAAGAGAACUAAAAGGUUUGCGUCUACUGGAGAAAAGCGACCACCAAAGAGAAAAAGAACACAGAAUAAAAGGCGGCAGAGACAAGGACUACAAUGGUUGUUAUUCGGAGUUUCUAGUAAUGUUUGA